AUGAGCAAACCGGAAACUCUGGCCAGCUGCAUUGCCAAAAUGUAUGACGGCACCAAGGCCAACACAUCAGGGGCCGCAUCUGGAGCUGUGAGGAAACCCUGCAUAAUCCCUGGCUCCGGGAUCGUGAACGCUCUGGGAAGCAUGGAGGUCAAACUGGUCAGGUUAGAGAGCCACGUGGAGCGGAUCGCCUCUGGCCAUGCUGAUGUUCUCCAGAGGCUGGACAUGGUCUGCAAAGGCCUGGGAUCCUUGGAAAAAGGCCUCGCCAAGAUCCAGAGGACUUUGGGAAGAGAAGCAGAGUUUCAGGCUGUCGAUAAUCAAACAGAUCGCUCGACCUCUUCCAAAGAAGGGGUACAGAACGCAUGCUCUGAGGUCGAGGGACCGUGCUGGGAGAACAGGAAGCUGCUCAAGAACCUCACCCAGGAAGGCAAGAGCCAGAGAGAGAGACUUGCAGGUAUCGAGGAAUCGGUUUCCUCUGUGGACACAAUGCUGGAAUAUAUCGCCGAAGUGUUUCAGAGCUCGAAAGUGGUAGAGUUUACUCUGAAAGGAGAUGUGCCGUGGAGAAUUAAAGGCUUGCUUGGAUCAACCAUUUCGAACGGGCAUCAGGGGGAGGAGCAAGAGUACUCCGGACAACAGAAACCAACGCCUUCCAUCGCAGUUUCCCCAGAGAAAACGCUGGGGGAGAAUGAGGCAUUUCAACUUAUAUCAGAUUCCAAAGUGACUUCACAGGAGAUCAAGGCGGCAAACCAUGACGCUGAUGCUUCAAUUCAAACUGAGCUGGCUCCUCCAACAUCUCCCCAUUGUCCACCCACAAGUGUGAUUAUGGCCAAACAAGUAAAUAAAGCCAGUUUUCUGAUUAGAGACGCCCCCAGGAAAGGGACUUGUAGAUCCAAAGAGGUGACUCUGAAUAGCAAGAAGGAACCUGGCAGAGAUCAGUCCAUUGUGCGGAAGACUCGGGAUUUACUGGGAAAACAGGAGACGGCAACAGGUCAUGCACGAGAUAGACCCUCUGACGCAAAUUCAGAGGAUCUCGCAGGAGUGAUUACCAAGGAACCCAAGUUUCCCGUACCUGCCUCCCUAUCAAAAACCAAGGUCAACGCGCUGAACACCAAGCAAAGUGUUGUUUGUGAAACCAUCUCUGUCACUGCCAAUGAGCAAGACCAAAGCUCCAGCCAUGAGACACCAGCGCUUGAAGAAGUAUCUACAGAACUGAGUCCCAACAGGUGUUUGUGGCAAAGGAACACGAAGGUGGAGGCAGACAAGGGGAAGAAUUCCUUUGUUCAGAUUGAAGGAGUUCUCAGUGAGCCAGGCUCUGUGCAGCAGACCACCCAGCUACAAACAGGGGUACACAAGGAGUUACCAAAGCCUCCUGCUCCGGAAACGGUCUCACUCGUUGGUAGCUUAACAGCAGCCACAGCCCUGCCACAUGCUGUCAUAGAUGACUGUCCCCCUGCCUCUGCCCCCUUCCAACACCGCAUUGUCACUGCCAAGCAGGUCCCCAUGGGCUCCUACUACAGCAUCAUGCCCGAUGAGGUCCUUGGAGGGGGCAGGUUUGGUCAGGUCCAUAAAUGUGCGGAGCUUUCCUCAGGUCUGACCCUUGCUGCCAAGAUCAUCAAGGUCCGGGUAAUGAGGGAACGAGAUGAAGUGAAGAAUGAGAUCGGGGUAAUGAACCAACUGAACCAUGUGAACCUGAUUCAGCUCUACGACGCCUUCGAAUCACGGACAAACCUGAUAUUGAUCAUGGAGUACGUGGAAGGCGGGGAACUGUUUGACCGCAUCGUGGAUGAGAACUACAAGCUGACCGAGUUAGAUGCCAUUGUGUUUACCAAGCAGAUAUGUGAAGGGGUGCAGUACCUACACCAGCAGUAUAUCCUGCACCUUGAUCUCAAGCCAGAGAACAUACUUUGUGUGAGUGCUACAGGCAAUCAGAUCAAGAUCAUUGACUUUGGGCUGGCACGGAAGUUCCGACCACGGGAGAAGCUAAAGGUUAAUUUUGGUACCCCUGAGUUCCUGGCCCCUGAGGUGGUCAACUAUGACUUUGUCUCAUUUCCCACCGACAUGUGGAGCGUUGGCGUGAUUGUGUAUAUGCUUCUAAGUGGUCUCUCUCCUUUCCUGGGAGACAAUGAUGCCGAGACCAUGAACAACAUCCUCCUUGGCCAAUGGGAAUUCGACAGUGAAUGCUUUGAAAAUGUCACUAGUGAGGCCAAAGACUUUAUAUCCGAACUUCUCAUCCCAGCCAAAAGUGGACGACUGAGUGCUUCUGGGUGCACAAAACACAGGUGGUUGAAUAAGCUUGAGGAGAAAGCCAAACACCAUCAAGUAACAUUGAAGUCUCAGAUCAAACUGCAGCGCUAUCUGGCUGCUCAGCGCCAAUGGAAGAAACAUUUCUACGUGGUAACCGCAGCUAACCGAUUGCAGAGGUUCUCUCAAGCUGCCAAUGCGGUGUAGGCUCCUGCCAUUACACUUUCAAAUCCAUCCAGAAACUGUUACCACUUUUGUCAUUUAAACCUGCACUAUGUAUAUUUUCCCGUUAGCAGCCCCUAGUGGCUUGAGUUGAUGCUACAGAGUUGUAGCCAUAUCUGUUUUUCUCAUGACAGUUAGUCAGCUGAAAAUGUUGAUGCUUCUUAAUGACUUCACAACUCACGUUAUUUGCUAAGGAAACCAGGUAACUGAUUAGAUCGAUUGACUGAAAAAUAUUCAAUAUUUUUUUUAUUUAGUAGCAGUAGAAAUGUUACAUAGUGGAGGUUUAAAUCAUAGGCGACCCAUUUCAGAUGGAAACAUUUGGCACAUUAUCGUGGGUUUAUUCUUUCGAGUUGUAAGUUCUGCCUAUGUCAAUGUAUUUUUACUUUUGUUUAGUUCAAAUAUAUUAUAUUGUACAGCACACAGGGUUUACAACUGUUUAGCCAUAGAAAUAUAGUAAUAAUAUAAGUGUAAUAAAAUCUGUCAUCUGAAUCAUAAUUCUCAAAAUGUCAUUUUUCCAAAUGAUUAGCCGUCUGUCUAGCUCCUCACUCGACACAAGAACCAUAUCUGUUCACACCAAUCAGUAGCCAGUUUAGUCAGAUCCGUUUGCAGACCUAGGCAAGAGUCAUAUUACACAAGGUGGUUAGGUGCAGGUGUUGGUCAUGUGGUGUGUUUGGGGUUGCACAUUAUGGGAGUAUGUGUUGUUGAACAUGAUGGGAGACUGUGUUGUUGUACAUGAUGGGAAACUGGUAUCCAUGUAGCCAGAGAGGCUGGAUAUCUCAUGAAUGAGGAAGAGUGAAACUGAACGCACAAAGCAAAGGAACCCUUGACUCGAUCCUAUUCAAUCCUUGCAAUCAACGUCCAACUGUAACCUCAUAUUUCCUUUGAAAAUAAAUGUUUGAUUUGAUCGUAUUCUACAUGUAAUUUCAUGCUGUGGUCGUGCCCAGCUAAAGUAAGGUGUUUGCUGUCCCAACUGUUUUAUCUUCUUAUUACUAGUAGACUAAAGCUAUCGUAUAUUCCCAUCUAAUUCAUCCAAUAUAUAUAUAUAAAAAUUGAAGUUUAAAGCCCUUUUGCCUAUACGCGUCAUAUUUUUUUCCGUCAAGAUGCUAAUAAGUUUGAUUUACUUUUUUUUUUUUAAUGAUUCAUCUGUGCAAUUUGCUAGAUGGAAACAUUGUCUCCUUGUUUUCAAAUGUUUAUAGGCCAAAUGUCUUCAUGAAUUUGGACAAUGUUGUCAAUUGUGAAAUAAAAAUUUUGAUACCACUUUUGACACUGUGAAAUGAAAUAAUGGCGAUAGGUCGUAUACAAGUGCAUAUGGAUAUAUAUACGAUAACUGGGUGUACGGGGGAGGUGUCCAUAGCAAUCACCAUAGCAACCUUGAUAGCCACGUGACAUGGACAAAAAGAAUAGGCCAAAAAAACAGGCAUAUCACAUGUUUAGAGCCGUUAUUGUAGCCGUUAAAAUCGUAUUGUCUUCACGUAUCCUUAACUAAAGAGUGUACACUUCUGAAGUCAAAAAAAAAACACUGAAAUGCAUUGGUUUAAAUGUCGUUCUGUGUAGCACGUAAAACACGAUUCAACAGAUGAAAAAUAGAUAUCUUUCAUGAGCAUUAGCACGAAAUCGCAUGAUAAGCUGUUCGUCUCGUUUUCUCAAUUUAACAGUUGUUUUUCAAUCAGGCAGAAAAAGCAGGUAGGAAUCGCGAUUUCUAGUUUUCGACGACAGUUCGAUUGACUAAUCAUUAGUAAUGUGAAGCACCUUGAGGCUCUGGGGACGUGGAACGUCACCUCGCUGUGGGGAAAGGAACCGGAGCUUGUGAGGGAGGUGGAGCGCUAUCAGUUAGAUCUGGUGGGGCUUACCUCCACGCACAGUCUCAGCUCUGGUACCGUACUCCUGGAUAGGGGUUGGACUCUAUUCUUCUCCGGAGUUGCCGAGGACGUGAGGCGCCGGGCGGGUGUGGGGAUACUCAUAAAUCCCCGGCUGAGCGCCACGGUGUUGGCGUUUACCCCGGUAGACGAGAGGGUCGCCUCCCUGCGCCUAAGGGUUGUAGGGGGGAAAACUCUGACUGUUGUUUGUGCGUAUGCACCAAACAGAAGUUCAGAGUACUCGGCCUUCUUGGAGACCCUGAAUGGAGUCCUGUAUGGGGCUCCAGUAGGGGACUCCGUAGUUCUGCUGGGAGACUUCAACGCCCACGUGGGCAACGAUGGAGACAACUGGAGAGGCGUGGUGGGGAGGAACGGCCUCCCUGAUCUAAACCCGAGCGGUCGUUUGUUAUUGGACUUCUGUGCUAGUCAUGGAUUAUCCAUAACGAACUCCAUGUUCGAACAUAAGGGUGCUCAUAAGUGUACCUGGAACCAGAGUACCCUAGGCCGAAGAUCGAUUAUCGAUUUCGUGAUCGUGUCGUCUGAUCUGAAGCCGCAUGUUUUGGACACUCGGGUUAAGAGAGGGGCGGAACUGUCAACCGAACACCAUCUGGUGGCGAGUUGGAUCAAGGAAUGGGGGAAAUUUCCGGACAGACCUGGUAAGCCCAAACGAGUAGUGCGGGUAAAUUGGGAACGUCUGGAGGAAGCCCCCGACCUAGGUACCUUCAACUCACACCUCCGGCAGAGUUUUUCUGGCAUUCCUGUGGAGGUUGGGGGCAUUGAGCCGGAGUGGGCGGUGUUCAAAGCCUCCAUUGCUGAAGCUGCGGCAGCUAGCUGUGGCCUCAGGGUCUUAGGCUCCUCAAGGGGCGGUAACCCUCGGACACCGUGGUGGACACCGGUGGUCAGGGAAGCCGUCCGAUUGAAGAAGGAGGCCUUCCGGGAUAUGAUAUCCUGCAGGACUCCUGACUCGGUUGCAGGGUACCGACAGGCUCGAAGAGCUGCAGCUGCUGCCGUGUCGGAAGCUAAGCAGCGGGUGUGGGAGAAGUUCGGAGAGGCCAUGGAGAAGGACUUUCGGUCGGCACCAAAGUGUUUCUGGAAGACUAUCCGGCACCUCAGGAGGAGGAAACAGGGAACCAUCCAAGCUGUGUACAGUAAGGAUGGGACUCUGUUGACCUCAACUGAGGAGAUCGUCGGACGUUGGAAGGAACACUUUGAGGAACUCCUGAAUCCGAAUAACACGCCCUCUAUGUUGGAAGCAGAGCUCGAGGUUGAUGGUGUUUCGUCGUCAAUUUCCCUGGUGGAGGUCACUGAGUUAGUCAAAAAUCUCCGCAUUGGCAAAGCCCCAGGGAUUGAUGAGAUCCAGCCAGAAAUGCUAAAGGCUCUUGGUGUUGAGGGGAUGUCAUGGUUGACACGCCUGUUCAACAUUGCGUGGGAGUCGGUACAGUGCCAAAGUAGUGGCAAACCGGGGUGGUGGUUCCCCUGUUCAAAGAGGGGGACCAGAGAGUGUGUGCCAAUUACCGGGGUAUCACACUUCUCAGCCUCCCUGGUAAAGUCUACUCCAAGGUGCUGGAAAGGAGGGUUCGGCCGAAGAGGAACAAUGCGGUUUUCGCCCCGGACGUGGAACUACGGACCAGCUCUUCAAUCUCGCAAGGAUCCUGGAGGGGACCUGGGGGUAUGGCCAUCCGGUCUACAUGUGUUUUGUGGAUCUGGAGGAGGCGUAUGACCGGAUCCCCCGGGAGAAACUGUGGGAGGUGCUGCGGGAGUAUGGGGUAAGGGGGUCUAUCCUCAGGGCCAAUCUCUGUACUCCCAAAGUGAGAGCUGUGUUCGCGUCCUCGGCAGCCAGUCAGUUUCGUUCUCAGUGGGUUUUGGUCUCCGCCAGGGCUGCGCCUUGUCACCAAUCUUGUUUGUGAUAUACAUGGACAGGAUAUCGAGGCGUAGUAGUGGUAGGGAGGGGUUGCAGUUCUGUGGUCUGAGGAUAUCGUCACUGCUUUUUGCAGAUGAUGUAGUCCUCAUUGAAUCAUCGGCCUGUGACCUUCAGCACUCACUGGAUCGGCUGGCGGCCGAGUGUGAAGCGGCUGGGAUGAGGAUCAGCACCGCUAAAUCUGAGGGCAUCACUCUUAGCAGGAAACCGGUGGAUUGCUUACUCCGGGUAGGAAAUGAGUCCUUAGCCCAAGGAGUUCAAGUACCUCGGGGUCUUGUUCGCGAGUGAGGGUACGAUGGAGCGUGAGAUUGGCCGGAGAAUCGGAGCAGCGGGGGCGGUAUUGCGUUACCGCAGAGAGCUGAGCCGCAAGGCAAAGCUCUCGAUCUACCAGUCGAUCUUCGUUCCUAUCCUCACCUAUGGUCAUGAGGGUUGGGUGAUGACCGAAAGGACGAGAUCGCGGAUACAAGCGGCCGAGAUGAGUUUUCUCAGAAGGAUGGCUGGCGUCUCCCUUAGGGAUAGGGUGAGAAGCUCAGCCAUCCGUGAGGAACUCCGGGCCGCUGCUCCUUUACUUAGAAAGGAGUCAGCUGAGGUGGUUCGGGCAUCUGGUAAGGAUGCCCAAUGGGCGCCUCCCUUGGGAGGUGUUUCCGGCACGUCCAGUGGGGAGGAUACCUCGGGGAAUACCCAGGACUAGGUGGAGAGAUUUUAUCUCAAGACUGGCCUGGGAACGCCUCGGGAUCCCCCCGUCAGAGCUGGUCAAUGUGGCCCGGGAAAGGGAAGUCUGGGUCCCCCUGCUUGAGCUGCUCCCCCCGCGACCCGACCCCGGAUAAGCGGAUGAAGAUGAGAUGAGAUGAGACCUUGAGGUUACUUUCCGUAUGAAAUGUAAAAGAAAAUAAAGUUGGACUCAACACUUUUUUCACAAUAUCGGAUGCUGUUGCACCAUUCAGAAAUAUGGGCCUGUUAUAUGAAAAUGACAUCUGAACUUGAACUUACACAUAGGAACAGAACGGAAUUUGCAGGAGAUAUGCAUUUCCUUAUGAGGACAAUGUGGAUUGUAGUUAUACCUCGCAAAGCAUAUGUUUUUAUACUUUUAUUUUCUUGUCAUCUGCACAGGGAGGAGUUACGGAAAACAGUCAUCAUAUCCAUUAGCUUCACAGCAAGCAUAUGGUCAAACUAGAAUCCAUGUAGUUACACACAGUGAGUACAAAUUUAAUUACAAAGUAAACAUUUUACAUGGUGUAAAAAUAAAUUCUUAAGUCACAAUGUUUUUUUCCUUUUUGUUUGUUUACACAGUACAUCACUAUUCCAUAAAUGCGUGUAUGUUUGGGAUAAUAUUUAAACAAACAAAACGGACCACUAACAAAUGGUCCAGUCAAGACGGAUCUAAAGCAGCACUUUCUCCCCCUGGUGGCCAAACUGUAGGAUUACAGUGUCGAGUGGUAGGUGCUCGGGACAUUUUUCUUGUUUGAUAGAUAGAACAAAGAUGAACCAGGGUAAAAGGGUUACUUAAACAAUAGUUUAAUGAUAUUAGUCGUAAAAUAGAUGGUAGUAUAAACACCAGGGUAUGAAGCCAUGUCCUAUAGACGACAUUGCUAGUGUGACACAUGAAACUUUAAAUAUCCAUAUAAAGACGAAGAACACACUGAAAAAGGUACUUCAUGGAACCAUUUUUUCACAUUAGUUACCAGACCUUUCCGGUACUGUAUAUACAUAGUGCAAAGGACACACUUGCUGUCGAUCGCCACACACAUACACACUACCAACACACUUUUAUGGAAGAAACGGCAUCUUGUAGCCCAGACACAGCGUACCCAAUUAUUAAACUACUGAAGACGUUUCAUCAUCCAAAAAGCAUAAUACUAAGUACAUUGCCUUGUUCCAUCUGCAGGGCUUCAUAUUGCAUAUGGCCCUACACGCGGUCUCCAUAGCAGUCACUGCAUGGCAUACAGUUCACUGAACGCCUCACCAUCAAAUACUUUAUUGAAUUAGCUUCCAACGGACACACCACAGUUGUUCCUAUAUGGCUUAACAAACAAGGUGGUCAUGUUCUAGAACACUUCAAAACAAAAAUAAAAUACGCGUAUAUUUACACGUUUCCGGUCACUACCAGUGCUGAAGUAGUCCCUAUGUAUGAUGGCCUCAUCACAGCGCGCCUAAAUUUUGCCCAAUCCCAAUGAGAGCAUAUCUUGUCCCUAGGGUGUGAGCAGCGAGAGGGGUCGUUUGGUGGUGGAUAUGGCAGAACAAAAUAUAAUACAUCUGUCUACGUCAACGAUGUGACAGGAGUGGUUUAAUAGUGUGUGUGUGUGUGUGUGUGUGUGUGUGUGUGUGUGUGUGUGUGUGUGUGUGUGUGUGUGUGUGUGUGUGUGUGUGUGUGUGUGUGUGUGUGUGUGUGUGUGUGUGUGUGUGUGUGUGUGUCCUCUGCAGGUCUUAUUAGGGACAGAGCAGAGUUAACCCAAGAUGGAAACACGACAAGACUGCAGACGGAUUGCAACACCACUCCACACUAAAACAAAGAAUCAUUUCACACCAGGCACGGCCAAAUAGAGCAGACGUUACAGGUCAUUUUAUAUACAGAUACAAGCAUCUUGAACCAUUAGUGGGUCAAAUUGACUUGUUUGUUUAUGUAACAUAUUAAUGAAAAUAAAACGAUAAAAAAAAAGGACACAACUUCUAGAUGGGAGUGAGUUUCACUUGAGUAAAA